AUGGCGACCGUUGAAGGAGCGCGCGAUGAUCCUGCGACGUGCACAAACCUGAGCGAGUUCCGCACACACCAUAUUGACCUCCAGCUGAAUGUGAACAUGGACAUGAAGUGCGUUGCGGGCAUUGCCACUCUGUCUGUCACCCGCCUGCGCGAUGGAGCAGCGACGUUGCGUCUGGACGUGUUCUACUUGACCAUCAACUCGGUGUGCGCCACCGUUCUGCCUGAUCAUAACCCUACGAUGAUGGUUCAAUGGCGCAUCAGACCCUUUACGUCAUUUGGAAAAGCCUUGGAGGUGGACAUUCCGGAUGCAUUGGCGCGAGCUCGUGCCUUUAAGCUCACGAUCUGCUACGAGACGGAGAGGGAGAGUCCUGGGGUGUGCUGGCUCGACAAGGAGCAGACAGCAGGCAAACAACUGCCCUACAUGUACACACAAGGUCAAGAAGUGCUGAACCGGAGCUUCUUUCCAUGUCAGGACUCUCCUUCUGUACGCAUCACGUACACCGCAUCAGUGGUCGUCCCACACGAGCUAGUGUGUGUCAUGAGUGCCAAACAGUGUGGGGUGACGGAAUACAGACCCGAGAAUGGAUAUAAAGAUGUGACUACUGUGAAGAAGAAGUUUACGUUUGAGAUGAAGCAAUCCAUCCCUGUGUACUUAGUCGCGAUGGCUGUAGGAGACUUGGUAGAAGCGGAAGUCGGUCCGCGAUCGAGCGUUUGGACCGAACCGUGUAUGAUAGAAGCCGCGACGAAGGAGUUUGAUAGCGUGCUGGAGGAGUAUUUGACCGUCGGAGAGCGACUAUUUGGGAAGUAUCUGUGGGAGCGCUACGAUAUGCUAGUCAUGCCGCCGUCGUUUCCGUAUGGUGGGAUGGAGAACCCGCGUCUUACGUUUGUGUCACCAUGCACGAUUGCGGGAGACAAGUCGCUCGUAUCGAUUGUGGCGCACGAACUUUCCCACUCCUGGUUUGGUAACUUGGUAACAAACGCAACCUGGAGCGACUUUUUCUUGAAUGAAGGUUUUACAAUGUAUGCUGAGCGACGCAUCACGGAGGUAUCACACGGCAGGGCGUUGAGCUGCCUUGAUGCCAAACUCGGAGAAGCAUUGCUGCGUGAGGAAAUAUCGUCUUUUGGAGAACAGUCGCCCCUAACACGGCUGCGUGUGCCUCUCGACGAAGGUAUUGACCCUGGUGACUGCUACAAUAUGUGUGCCUAUGAAAAGGGCUACGCAUUCGUGUGUUACCUCCGAAGUCUUGUUGAAUCCGAUCAGGUGUUUGAUGAUUUCCUGAAACGAUACUGUGCCGAGUAUUGUUUCCAGUCGAUUCCAGCAGAAACGAUGAUUGCAUUCUUCUUGAAAAGUUUCCCGGAGCUUGCAGACUCUUCAAAGACUGACCUAAAAGGUGGCAUCUCAUUCAACACGUGGUUAAAUGAACCGGGCUAUCCGCAAUAUGUGCCGGACUAUUCUGAUGCGCACGAAAUCAUGCAGACAUGCGAGUCACUGGCGUUGCGCUGGCAGUCAUCAUCUUUGCCAGUAAAGCCAAGCAUUUUCCAAUUGUCGGAACAGGCAAAAGAAUGGGAGGCUCGACCAAUGCUUUAUUUUCUAGACUGCUUCCUCGAGACAAAGUUUUCGAGUGCAGAAGUGGUGAUUGUCCUGGGCGACACACUUGCACUGUGGAGGUCGCGCAACUCGGAGAUUCUUUUCAGAUGGGCAUUGAUCCUGGUCAAGAAUGUUGUCAUCAGCAAGCUGUCUGUCGUCCGACAAUUUCUCGAGAUGCAGGGAAAGCAGAAGUUUCAGCUUCCAAUCUACCGCUUGCUCACCUCAAGUCCGGACGAUGAUGUGCGCAAAUUUGGUAGUGAUACCUAUGCAGCUACAGAAAAAAUGUUGCAUGUCAUGGUCCGUGCUCGUAUCGAGCUACUGCUGGAUUCGAUGCACAAGUAA